GACAUUGGCUGUUCCACAGUUUUGGUGGAAGGAGUCACUGUGACGGAGGUCGUGGAAGCCCUGCACAAUCCGGAAGAACGUCUCCGUUGGGAUGGAGGGAAUUUCAGGACCUUUGAGGUUGUCUCGGCGGUCAAUGGACCGGUUCAGCAGGACAUCGUCUACUGCGUGAUGCCUGCACCUGGUAUGUUGACAGAUCGAGACGUUCUGCAGGAUCGUUGGAAGGUCUCUCUGGAUGACGGUGGGCUGGCCAUACUUUUGCAGUCCAGGUUGGACAAUAGCUUGCGACCUGAAACGUCUCAGCGCAUUCGGGCUUUUACGCACGUCUCUGGCUAUCUCAUUUGCGUCACGUCAGACGGCAGUGUAGAAAUCACUGCAGUGUCACAAACCAACCUGGGCGGCUCCAUCCCUGCCUGGGUUCAGAGUCAGGGACGUCGAUUGGCCAAAAGCAAGUUAUUACCCUGGGCACGGAAGUUGGAAAGCCAUUGCCAAGCAGUGCGGCAACGCAAAGAUUAGGUAUGAGUGAGGCGUGGCCCUUUCUCCAGAGGUGACGGGGUGCGCAUUCCACUGUAAGCGCUAUUUUCGAUGGCGCAGUUUUGCAAGUUUUUGCGAAGGAU